UAUACGGAGCACCCAAAAUUUCGAAUUUUUUUUAAGUCAACUUAUAAAUUUUUUAACGCUGAAAACGAUGGUACUUACGAAGAUUGGCGCAGACGAUUAUUUUGGAAGUUACAGCCUAUUGAAGACAUUAUUUAUAAUUCGAGAAAAUAAUUUAUUGUAAAAAAACUGUUGUCAUAUAGUAUACGGUCUACCUGCCUUUUUUUACAUAGGCUUAAGUUUAUUUUUAAUAGAUACACUUUAAUCUUUUUCUUCGGUCAACACUUUAUGUUUAUUGCCUUAUACACAGAUAACAAUAUUUCGAAAUGUUGUAAAAGUAUGGGCUCAAUAGCUCAGUACGUCAUUAAUUGCGCAACACAAUUUAUAUUUUACACAUUUAGUAUGUUGGAAAAAGAUUUUUAUUCAAUUAUUAGUAGUGACGAAUCAACCACAAAUUUUUUAAUUAGCAAAAAUAUUGUGGCAAAUAAUGAAAAUACCGAAUGUAUUAAGUGUGGAAGUGCUAUGAAUUUAUACCUACGCAAGGAGAUGGGUAAGGAAAGAAGAAUUUUACGUUGUAAGAGAAAGGAAUGUCAAACAACACAAAGCUUAAGGUCGAUAUUGACUUGUUGAUUUGCCGAGUGAAAAUAUCGAAGACGAAAAUGAAGACCCUCUUGAAAAUGGAAAAAGAAAUUAUGGUAGACGAAUGAACGGUCCUUGAGUGUUUGGAUUAUGCGACAAUAGUGAGAAACGAUAUUUUGUUGUCGAAAAGCGGGGCAAGUAAACUUUGCAUGAUAUUAUUAAAAAGGGGUUGUAUUGAGUUUUAUUAAAUACUCUAAUGGGUGGCCAGCGUAUAACGGGAUCAUCCAAUAUGGUUGAACGCAUAAUACAGUUAACCAAAGCGAAAAUUUUGUUGAUCCACUUACACAAGCGCACACUCAACGGAUCGAAAGUUUAUGGAAACCAUCACUUUUAAAAGUAGUUAAAAAUAUGUGUGGUACAAGUCCUGAUCUCCUUCCAAGGUAAAAUUAUUAUAAUUUAUGUAAAAUAAAUUUAACGUAAUACGUAUAAUACAAUGAUACAUAUUAUUGCAGAUAUCUCAUGGAAACAUGGUGACGUGGCAUAAAUAAAUCAGAUUUAUUUAAUGCAUUUUUGUAUAACAUAUUACAUUUUAUUUAUUUAUACUCAUUGACAACAAUUUUUUU